CAAUCUUUCAUCAUCAUCUUCAUCAUCUUCUAUCAUCUUCUUCUUCAAUUUCCCUCAAGUUCCCAAAAUGCCCCUCAAAAACCUCCAAAUUCACCAUUCAUACUCUUCCCUCUCAUCUUCAACCCACAUUCAUUUAGCAGAAAAAGCUCUAACCUUCCUCAAACGCCACCCUUACCAUCUCAAUUCCCUCACUACCCAAUUUACCCCUGAAGCAGCUUCAAAUUUACUUCUCAAAACCCAGCAUGACCAAACCCUAAUUCUAAAACUCCUAGAAUGGGCCCAACCCCACCAAUUCUUUAAUUCUCAAUGUAAAUGCAUUGCCCUUCACAUUUUAACCAAAUUCAAGCUUUACAAAACUGCCCAAACCCUAGCUCAGAGCCUAGCUCUUGAAACAGUUGAUGAUAAGGGUAAUUUGGUCUUUCAAUGCCUUAAAGAUACUUACUUUUUAUGCAAUUCAAGCUCUGCUGUUUUUGAUUUAGUGGUAAAAUCUUAUUCCCAUUUGAAUUUUAUUGAUAAGGCUUUAAAUAUUGUUGCUUUAGCUAAAUUUAAUGGAUUUAUGCCUGGUGUUUUGUCUUACAAUGCGAUUUUAGAUUCGAUAAUUCGGUGUAAGAAACCGAUUAGGUUUGCUGAGGAGGUUUACAAGGACAUGAUUGAAAGUGGGGUUUCUUUAAAUGUGUAUAGCUAUAAUAUUUUGAUUCGGGGUUUCUGUAGCGCAGGGAAUUUGGAAACGGGUUUACGGUUGUUUAAGGAAAUGGAGAAGAAGGGAUGUUUGCCUAAUGUGGUUACGUUUAAUACCGUAAUCCAUGGAUAUUGUAAAUUGAAAAGGAUUGAUGAAGCUUUCGGUUUGUUGAGAUCGAUGGGAUUGAAUGGUUUGGAGCCUAAUUUGAUUACGUAUAAUAUGGUUAUUAACGGGUUAUGUAAAGAUGGAAAGAUGAAGGAAACAAUUGAGGUUCUUGUUGAGAUGAGUCGUAAGGGUUACGUUCCUGAUGAAGUGACGUAUAAUACGCUUGUUAAUGGAUAUUGCAAAGAGGGUAAUAUUCACCAAGCUCUUGUUUUGCAUGCAGAGAUGGUGAGGAACGGGUUAUCACCUAAUGUUAUUACGUACACUUCGCUGAUUAGUAGUAUGUGUAAGUCUGGCAAUUUGACUCGAGCAAUGGAGUUUUUUGAUCAGAUGCAUGUUAGAGGGCUUUGUCCAAAUGACAGGACAUACACAACAGUUAUCAAUGGGUUUGCACAACAGGGACUCUUGGACGAGGCUUACCGGGUUUUGGGUGAAAUGAUCCGGAGUGGAUUCUCACCUUCAAUUGUGACGUACAAUGCACUUAUUAAUGGAUAUUGUGUUUUGGGUAGGAUGGACGAGGCUAUAGGACUGUUGCAUGAUAUGGCAGGCAAAGGGGUAUCCCCUGAUGUUGUAAGUUACAGUACUAUCAUAUCUGGAUUUGCUCGUAAUCAAGAAUUGGACAGGGCAUUUCAGAUGAAGGCAGAGAUGGUAAGCAAAGGUGUUCUUGCAGAUUCAGUUACGUAUUCGUCACUUAUUCAAGGUCUAUGUGAACAAAGAAGACUAGAUGAAGCUUGUGAUUUGUUCCAAGAGAUGUUGACAAUGAGGCUCCCCCCUGAUGAAUUUACGUACACAACUUUGAUCUAUGCUUAUUGUAAAGAAGGAGAUUUGAAAAUGGCUUUUCGUUUGCACGACGAAAUGAUACAUAAAGGGUUUCUACCUGAUGCUGUUACUUACAACGUGCUUAUUAAUGGACUUAAUAAACAAGCUCGGACAAAAGAAGCAAAGAGACUUUUGCUUAAGUUGUACUAUGAUGAAUCUAUCCCAUCUGAUAUAACAUACAACACACUGAUAGAAAACUGUUGCAGUAUUGAAUUUAAGAGUGCCGUAGCUCUUGUGAAGGGAUUUUGCAUGAAAGGUUUGAUGGAUGAGGCCGAUCGAGUAUUUGAGUCGAUGAUAAACAAAAAUCAUAAACCAAAUGAAGCCAUUUAUAAUAUUAUUAUACAUGGUCAUUGUAGGGGUGGGAACAUUCAAAAGGCAUAUGAUCUUUACAACGAAAUGGUUCGUUUUGGUUUUGUUCCUCAUACCGUGACUGUUAUUGCUUUGGUAAAAGCAUUAUCCACAGAAGGCAUGAGUGAGGAAUUAAAUCAAGUCAUAGGGGACAUUUUGAGAAGCUGCAAGCUUACCGAAGCUGAGCUUACGAAAGUGCUUGUUGAUAUCAACCAUAAAGAAGGGAACAUGGAUGCAGUUUUAAAUAUGCUUACUGAAAUGGCCGAGGAUGGCCUCAUUCCGAGCAGUGGUCCUCCUCGUAAUGCUAUGGCUAGUGGAUAGUCUGUUUGAUGGAUUAUUCAUUUCCUCUGCUUGCUGAUGUUCUAUGAGUACAUUUGUCCUGUUGAGGCUAUGAUGAAGUGAGCUGAAUUUCAUGCUUCCUCCGCUUUUGCCUUUCUACUACCUCGAGAGUUGAAUGAUGUUUUUCGUCGAAGAGAAAAGAGAAGAAAGAAGGAAGCUAAUUCAAUUUGAAGAAGAUGAAGUUUUUUCUGAAGAGUUGAUUAGUACAUUAGAAGUUAGUGAUGAAGUGUGAAAAGGACAAGAAGUUGCUGUUUAUGUCAUAUAUAAAUCAAAGCUGGUGAAAUUGAAUGACCCAUGACUGUUGAAAAAAUGGCUGCAAUCAACCUUAUGAAGCUGCCAGGUUACUACAGCAUUCACCUGUCUCUACUGUAAGUUCUAAUCCGUGAAGUCUUCAGUCAAGGACACAAGCUUCUGCGUUACUUAAGCCAUGUUCGGACUUGACUUCGAGAUUUGACCUGAGAAAGAAGAGGGCUUUGGUCAUGAAGGGCGUAUGCUGAUAUGAAUGAUUCGGGGGGCAUGAAGGGCGCAUGCUGAUAUAAAUGAUUCCGAGUGCAAAGCAAAUACCACCUUCCAGUACCUGCAAUUUUGCUCUGAAUCCUCCUCUUAUAAGUACCGACAAAGACUUUCAAAGACGAAAGUUCCUCUAGUUCCCAUGCUGUCCAUAAACCGCAAAAGCGAUAUUAUAUUCUUUCAGCAUUUUAUUGUAUACUUUCUAAAGUUGUAUAAUUUGUAAGUCAGCAUCUUGUAACACAAGUCUCUUUUGUUCCAUAUUAAAAUAAGCCAGAAUAUGCUAAGAUUCAGCAAUCAAA